UGGCAGCGAGGGACCGGGCAGGGCGACGCUGGAGCCACCCACACCCCGGGCAGAGCAGUACCAUGAGCCGGCGAUAAGACCCUGACACAUCUCUGGGACCUGCAAUGACAAGUCUGAACAGUAGCCAUGCAGAGAAAACUGAUGAAAUGUCUUCAAAGCAGUCUGCCCCAAAAGUGCAAGUUCAGCGAUCUGUUUCCCGAGAUGUCAUCACCAUUCACUUCUCGGCAUUUGGGAAGGAGGAAGAGGAGGAGGAAGAGGAGUUUAAGGAGUCUCCCAAUGAUGAACUGGAUGACCAAAGCAUUGUAACAGCACUUGAAGCCAAGGAAGACCUCUGCUUUGAACAUGGUGGCCAUGAUUUUUCUGGUCCAGCUACCUCGCAUAGCAUGGUCGACUCUGCAUCCCUCUUAUCUUCGUCACCUGUGAUUUUGCCAACCGUAAACACUGUAAAGCCAUUGGAUUCUUCUUCAGCAUCGCAAGUAUUCAGUGCAGUGCCAUUAGUUCCAUCACCCUCAUCUGAUUCGUAUCAUGUAGCUAGCUCAUCAGGUGUGUUGUCUCCUUUGGAACAGAAAGCCAGCUUGUCAUCCUCCCCAUUGUCCUCUCCAUCCAAGCCAACUGUCUUGUCUACUGCUUCAUCCACUGUUUCUAGUUCAAAGCCUUUUAUGAGUUUAGUUAGGUCCCUUUCAACAGAUGUAGAACCAAAAGAGCCCACCCCGCCCACGAGACAUAGACACUUAAUGAAAACCUUAGUGAAAUCUCUGUCCACAGACACAUCUAAACAAGAAUCUGAAGCUGUAUCCUACAAACCUGACUCUAAACUGAACUUGCACCUGUUCAAACAGUUCACUCAGCCUCGAGUUACAGGGGGCGAUUCCAAAACUGCCCCCUCUUCCCCAUUAACGUCUCCUUCAGAUACUCGUUCCUUUUUUAAAGUACCUGAAAUGGAGGCUAAAAUUGAAGACACUAAAAGACGCCUUUCAGAGGUCAUCUAUGAGCCUUUUCAACUCCUCAGCAAAAUAAUGGGCGAUGAAAGUAGUAGCCACAGGCCCAAAGCCUUAUCUUCAAGUGCUUCAGAACUCUCAAAUCUUUCCAAUUUAAAUGGCCACUUGGAAAGCAAUAACAACUAUAGCAUUAAGGAAGAAGAAUGUGAUUCUGAAGGGGACUACUAUGGAAGUGAUUCUACUCUAAAUAAAAGUAACCAGUCCAAAACUGCUGAGGAACAUGUGAAAGACACCGAGACUAAAAGCUCCCAGUCUGUAAGCACAAAGGACCCAAAUUUGAAGACUCUGCUGGUAUUGGAAAAAUGUUCUUUGUCUGCACUGGCAAGCAAAGAGGAUGAAGAAUUUUGUGAACUGUAUUCUGAAGAUUUUUUUUUAAUAGAGGAUGAAAGCAAAGUGGAAAAACCCACAGAACCUUUGCUCCAGGCAGAAAUAACUGAGGAAUAUGGUACUGCACUCAAUAGCGAAGACGAAGUUGAUUUAUGUGUGCAGCAGCCUAAAAUACCCGUUAAGACUUUGUACUUCUUUACAAUGUUAGUCUAUGCUUAUCUUAUACUCCCUCUCCCUAGUUACUUCUCUGGACUCUUCCUGGGAGUUGCCCUUGGAUUUAUGAUUGCUAUCUGUGUGAUUUGGCUUCUGACACCAAGUGCUCGUGAAUAUCACAAACUACAUAAAAAACGGAGCAAGCAAUGGAAUACAGCAUCUCUGGACAUCAAAGAACCAGAAAUAUUGAAGGGUUGGAUGAAUGAAAUUUAUAAUUAUGAUCCAGAAACUUAUCAUGCUACAUUGACUCAUUCUGUCUACGUGCGACUUGAAGGAAGCACCUUAAGACUUUCAAAACCCAAUAAAAAUAUUUCCAGAAGGGCGAUUUACAAUGAAUCUAAGCCUGAUGUCACCUACAUUGGCCAGAAAAUUUAUGAGCUUACGGACAGCAAGAUUUAUCUGGUUCCCAAGAGUUUGGCUCGAAAACGAAUUUGGAAUAAAAAGUAUCCUAUUUGCAUUGAACUUGGUAGACAAGAUGACUUUAUGGCUAAGGCCCAGACUGAUAAAGAGAACUUAGAAGAAAGGUCACCAGCAGAGAACUUAGACUUAGGCAGUGAAGAAUCUAAGAAACCUCAAGAUGGGACAAAGCCCAUUAGCCAGAAGGAUCAAAUACUUUAUUUGUUUGGAAGAACGGGUAGGGAGAAGGAGGAAUGGUUUAGGAGAUUCCUUCUGGCUUCCAAGUUAAAGUCUGAAGCGAAGAAGCCUCUCAGCUUAUGUGGAAACAAGCCAGGGUUCUUGCCAUCACACAGUAGAACCAAUAGCCAGUCUGGAAUUCUUACGCACAGUCGCAGCAGUAGCAAAGGAAGCGGAGAAGAAAUCAUGUCCCAGCCUAAGCAAAAGGAGCUGGCAGGAAACGUGCGACAGAAGAUGAUUUUGGACUACAGUGUAUACAUGGCAAAGUGUGUUCCACAAGAAAAUAAAAGCCCUGUGGUUAGUCCAGCCUGUAGUGCAGACAGUAGCCCUACUUCUGUGAAAAAGUUGCCAGAUAUCCAUACGGUAGCUGAAGAAGAGGAACAGGAGGCAUGGGUAAAUGCUUUGCUUGGAAGAAUAUUUUGGGAUUUCUUAGGAGAAAAGUACUGGUCUGAUCUUGUGUCCAAGAAGAUCCAAAUGAAACUCAGCAAAAUAAAGCUGCCAUAUUUCAUGAAUGAGCUAGCUCUAACUGAACUUGACAUGGGAGUAGCGGUGCCGAAGAUCCUUCAAGCCUUCAAACCUUCUGUUGAUCACAAAGGGCUUUGGAUUGAUUUGGAAAUGUCCUACAAUGGGUCUUUUCUAAUGACCCUCGAGACUAAAAUGAAUUUGACCAAACUUGGUAAAGAGCCUCUUGGUGAAGCACUGAAAGUUGGAGAGAUUGGCAAAGAAGGUUUCAGGCCAAGGGCAUAUUGCCUUGCAGACAGUGAUGAGGAGUCUUCUAGUGCUGGGUCUUCAGAGGAGGAUGAUGCUCCCGAGGUGAUGGGAGGAGAGAAGCAGCUGACUCCUGGUGCAGAAGGGUAUGUUGGAGGACAUCGGACAAGUAAGAUCAUGAGGAUUGUGGAUAAAAUUACCAAGUCAAAAUAUUUCCAGAAAGCAACAGAGACUGAGUUCAUUAAAAAGAAGAUUGAAGAGGUCUCCAACACUCCACUACUGCUAACUGUUGAAAUACAGGAGUGUAAAGGAACACUAGCAGUUAACAUUCCACCACCACCUACUGACAGAAUAUGGUACGGUUUCCGAAGACCUCCCUAUCUAGAGCUAAAAGCUCGGCCAAAGCUCGGCGAGAGAGAAGUGACUUUGGUUCCUGUGACUGACUGGAUAGAAAAGAAACUGGAACAAGAGUUUCAGAAAAUUUUUGUCAUGCCAAACAUGGAUGAUGUUUAUAUUCCUCUAAUGCACUCAGCCAUGGAUCCCCGCUUAUCUACGUGCCCUUCAAAAGAUCCAGUCACAGAGGCUGCUGAUCAACCAUGA